AUGGAUGACUCGAGAUCAGAUGAUACUCUUCCGUCGAUCGACAUAAUCUUUGCAUCUAUUAAGAAGAGCUCAUCUGUUCUGUCACCUAUGAGAUCUCCUAAUGAUGCUAACUAG